GAAUCACAAGCCACUGGAGCUUACUGACACGAGAAGAAAACGCAUGCAGCUUAAACCAUUGAAAUCAUCAACAACACCUAGCAUUUCCACUCCUUAUUAAUUGUCCUUCAAUUCUCUGGGCUUCACUACUAUAAAACACUUUUUUUUCUCGUUUCCCUUUCGCUCACACAACACAACUCCUACCAACAAGGUGCUCUGCUCGUUCACUCCUCUCUCAUACCUCUGGCUCCUCCUCCGGUGAAAGAGGGUGAGAAGAGGAGUUAGCAAGCAAUUUUUGUUUCUUUUGGGAGUUGGGACCCCUCACUCACAUGGACGCAUCAACGGCUUUAAUGAUCCUAUCCGCAAUAGCGGCCUAUUUAAUAUGGUUCACCUUCGUCACUCGCUCCCUAAAAGGUCCACGUGUCUGGCCCCUAUUCGGCAGCCUCCCUGGCCUCAUCCAACACGCCAACCGCAUGCACGACUGGAUCGCCGACAACCUCCGCGCGUGCGGCGGCACGUACCAAACCUGCAUCUGCGCCCUUCCCUUCCUCGCCCGUAAACAGUGCCUCGUCACCGUCACGUGCGACCCCAAAAACCUCGAGCACAUCCUCAAGCUCCGCUUCGACAACUACCCCAAAGGCCCCACGUGGCAGUCCGCGUUCCACGAUUUGCUCGGCGAAGGCAUCUUCAACUCCGACGGCGACACGUGGCUGUUCCAACGUAAAACCGCCGCACUGGAAUUCACCACGCGCACUCUGCGCCAAGCCAUGGCGCGUUGGGUGAACCGAGCCAUAAAGCACAGGUUCUGCCCCAUCCUAGCCACGGCUCAGAAAGAAAACAAAUCAGUGGAUCUUCAAGACCUCUUGCUUCGGCUCACUUUUGACAACAUAUGCGGCUUGGCUUUCGGCCAAGACCCGCAAACCCUAGCCGUGGGGCUCCCAGAUAACGCUUUCGCUCUCUCCUUCGAUCGAGCCACCGAGGCCACUCUACAACGCUUUAUUUUACCCGAGAUCUUGUGGAAGCUGAAGCGAUGGCUCAGGCUCGGAAUGGAAGUGAGCCUGAGCCGGAGCCUGAAACACAUCGACAAUUACCUCUCCCACAUCAUCAAGAACCGCAAGCUGGAGCUUCUGAAUGGCACUGGGUCCCACCACGACGACCUCUUAUCCCGCUUCAUGAGGAAGAAAGAAUCCUACUCUGAAGAGUUUCUCCAACACGUGGCACUCAACUUCAUCCUGGCAGGGCGCGACACGUCAUCGGUCGCUCUAAGUUGGUUCUUCUGGCUCUGCAUUAAGAACCCGCAUGUGGAGGAAAAGAUCCUCCACGAGCUCUGCAGUGUCCUCAAGUUUACACGUGGAGAUGAUAUCUCCACGUGGCUCGAGGAGCCUCUGGUGUUCGAGGAGGUAGACCGCCUGGUCUAUCUCAAGGCAGCUUUGUCUGAGACGCUGCGGCUGUACCCCUCCGUCCCGGAGGAUUCCAAGCAUGUCGUGAAGGAUGAUGUUUUGCCUAAUGGGACUUUCGUUCCGGCGGGUUCGGCAGUGACCUAUUCAAUUUACUCGGUUGGGAGGAUGAAGUUCAUUUGGGGAGAGGACUGCCUCGAGUUCAAGCCUGAGCGGUGGCUCUCUCCGGAAGGGGACAAAAUUCAGGUGCAAGACUCCUACAAGUUUGUUUCGUUCAAUGCGGGACCUAGGCUUUGUUUGGGGAAGGACUUGGCUUACUUGCAGAUGAAGUCAAUCGCCGCUGCGGUGCUCCUGCGCCACCGCCUCGCCGUCGCGCCGGGUCACCGUGUCGAGCAAAAGAUGUCACUCACACUGUUCAUGAAGUACGGUCUCAGGGUGAAUGUGUACCCAAGGGAUCUCAAACCGGUGCUGGAAAAGUUAACCACCACCGAGGGUGCUAUUACUGUUGGUCAAAAGUGAUUUUGAUUUGGUUAAUUAAACAGAUAGAUACAUCAUCGGUUUAAAUAAAGAAAUAAUAUUAAUUAUAAGAAAUUUAUAUAUUACUUAAUAUAGAAUAUUGACGAUGAUGUAUCAUUUCAUCUGUGUUAGUUUAAUUUACGUUGUCUGUAUAGAUGAAAUUUCCCUUUACUCACAAGUUUCUCAUCUGAUGAUGAAUACUAUUUAUGUUUUUGUAAACAUUUUGAUGAUUAAAAAGUAAUGCUGCUGCAGUUCGGGAAGCUA